AGAGGAGAGGGGAGGGAGUCUCAAGGAGGCCCAUGAGCAGGAGGCUGUGCCUCUGGGUCCAGCUUUCAUCACCCGCGCGGCGCGCGGUGGAGCUCUGAGCGCUGCUGUGUAUUUGGAGGGAGGGAUGUUGCUGCCAAUUUCUGGGACUGCUGCUGCGAAGAGUGGGCGUGGCCUCGGCGGUGUGGAUGCUUCUUAGGAAAGAUGCUGAGUGCUUUUCAGUGAGGAGUGAGGACUCUGUGAGAGAGACAGAGGGAGACAGAGAGAGAGAGAGAGAGACAGAGGGAGAGAGAGAGAGAGAGAGGAGAGAGAAGAGAGGGAAGGAGAAAAGGCUAGGGAGGGAAGACAGAGGGAGAGAGAGACUAAGAGAGAGAUCUAGAGGUGCCAAAGACACAGACAGAGCUGGGAGAGGGACUGAGAACAGGACUGGAGCGCUUGGAGAGCCUCUCAGGAUCUUUUGGGGGAGUCCAGUAAAUGUGAACAUGGGUUCUGUCACCGGAGCUAUCCUCAAGACGCUACUUCUGCUAUCUACUCAAAAUUGGAACAGAGUCGAAGCUGGGAAUUCCUAUGAUUGUGAUGAUCCUCUUGUGUCUGCCUUGCCUCAGGCAUCAUUCAGCAGUUCUUCUGAGCUCUCCAGCAGUCAUGGUCCUGGAUUUGCAAGGCUAAAUAGAAGAGAUGGAGCUGGUGGUUGGUCUCCACUUGUGUCGAACAAAUACCAGUGGUUGCAGAUUGAUCUUGGAGAGAGAAUGGAGGUCACCGCUGUGGCCACUCAGGGGGGAUAUGGAAGCUCCAACUGGGUGACCAGCUACCUCCUGAUGUUCAGUGAUAGUGGCAGGAACUGGAAACAGUAUCGACAAGAAGACAGCAUCUGGGGAUUUUUAGGAAAUGCAAAUGCAGACAGUGUUGUGUAUUAUAGACUCCAGCCUUCUGUCAAAGCCAGAUUUCUGCGCUUCCUCCCUUUGGAAUGGAACCCCAAGGGCAGAAUUGGAAUGCGAAUCGAGGUGUUUGGAUGUGCAUAUAGAUCUGAAGUGGUUGAUCUUGAUGGAAAAAGUUCCCUUCUCUACAGAUUUGAUCAAAAAUCCCUGAACUCAAUAAAAGAUAUUAUUUCUUUGAAAUUUAAAACCAUGCAGAGUGAUGGGAUUCUGCUCCACAGGGAAGGGCCAAAUGGAGAUCACAUCACAUUGCAAUUAAGAAGAGGAAAACUCUUUUUACUUAUUAAUUCAGGUGAAGCUAAACUGCCCUCCACCCCCACCCUGAUCAACCUCACCCUGGGAAGCCUGCUGGAUGAUCAACAUUGGCAUUCUGUGCUCAUUCAGCAUUUGGGCAAACAAGUCAACUUCACAGUGGAUGAACAUAGGCAUCAUUUUCACACACAGGGGGAAUUCAAUUAUCUGGAUCUUGAUUAUGAGAUCAGCUUUGGAGGGAUUCCAGCACCUGGAAAAUCAUUGUCAUUCCCACAUAAAAAUUUUCGUGGAUGUUUAGAAAAUCUCUAUUAUAAUGGAGUGGAUAUCAUUGACUUGGUCAAGCAACAAAAUCCACAGGUCAAUAUUAUGGGAAAUGUGUCAUUUUCUUGUUCACAACCACAAUCUCUGCCUGUGACUUUUCUGAGCUCCAGGAGUUACUUAGAACUGCCAGGCUCUUCCGGAGAGGAUGAGGUUUCUACCACUUUUCAAUUUCGAACUUGGAAUAAGGCAGGACUUUUGCUAUUCAGUGAACUUCAACUGGUUUCAGGGGGUCUCCUCCUCUUUCUUAGUGAUGGAAAACUUAAGCUGAGUCUCUACCAGCCAGGAAAAUUACCCAGUGACAUCACAGCAGGUGUUGGAUUAAAUGAUGGACAGUGGCAUUCUGUCUCCUUAUCUGCUAAAAGGACUCAGUUGAUUGUGGUGGUGGACAGUCAUGUGGCUUCUGCUGUCCCUUCUCUGGGGUCUGAGCAGGUUUAUUCAGGUGGCACCUAUUAUUUUGGAGGUUGUCCUGACAAAAGCUUUGGAUCCAAAUGUAAAAGUCCACUUGGUGGAUUUCAGGGAUGUAUGAGACUCAUUUCUAUCAGUAACAAAGUGGUAGAUCUGAUCUCUGUUCAGCAAGGGGCCCUUGGGAACUUCAGUGACCUUCAGAUAGACUCAUGUGGCAUCUCAGAUAGGUGUUUACCCAACUAUUGUGAACAUGGCGGGGAAUGCUCUCAGUCCUGGAGCACCUUUCACUGUAACUGCACCAACACUGGUUACAGGGGAGCUACUUGCCAUAACUCUAUCUACGAGCAGUCAUGUGAAGCCUAUAAGCACAAAGGAAAUACUUCAGGGUUUUACUAUAUAGAUUCAGAUGGAAGUGGUCCCCUGGGACCAUUUCUCCUAUAUUGCAAUAUGACUGAAACUGCAUGGACCAUCAUACAGCACAAUGGCUCUGACUUAACGAGAGUCAGAAAUACUAACCCAGAGAACCCACAUGCUGGGUUUUUCGAGUAUGUGGCCAGCAUGGAGCAACUCCAGGCCACUAUUAACCGUGCGGAGCACUGUGAACAGGAGCUUACUUACUACUGCAAGAAGUCACGGCUUGUCAAUAAGCAAGAUGGAAGCCCUCUGAGCUGGUGGGUUGGACGAACCAAUGAAACACAAACUUAUUGGGGAGGUUCUUCACCUGAUCCUCAAAAAUGUGCUUGUGGAUUAGAGGGCAACUGCAUUGAUGCCCAAUAUUACUGCAAUUGUGAUGCUGACCACAAUGAAUGGACGAAUGACACUGGAUUGCUUUCUUAUAAAGAACAUCUGCCUGUAACUAAGAUAGUGAUUACAGACACAGGCCGACCACAUUCAGAAGCAGCUUACAAACUGGGGCCUCUACUCUGCCGGGGAGACAGAUCAUUUUGGAAUUCAGCUUCCUUCGAUACUGAGGCUUCAUAUCUUCAUUUUCCUACUUUCCAUGGAGAACUCAGUGCUGAUGUAUCUUUCUUUUUUAAGACAACAGCUUCAUCUGGGGUAUUUUUAGAGAACCUGGGGAUUACUGAUUUUAUACGGAUAGAGCUACGCUCUCCAACAGUAGUGACUUUUUCAUUUGAUGUGGGUAAUGGGCCUUUUGAAAUCUCAGUGCAGUCACCCACCCACUUCAACGACAACCAGUGGCACUACGUGAAAGUUGAAAGGAACAUGAAAGAAGCAUCCAUUCAAGUGGAUCAGCUCAUACCAAAGACACAACCUGCUCCAACUGAUGGCCAUGUCCUCUUACAACUCAACAGUCAACUCUUUGUGGGUGGAACGGCCACCAGGCAGAGAGGCUUUCUGGGCUGCAUUCGGUCUCUGCAGUUGAAUGGGAUGGCCCUGGAUUUGGAAGAAAGAGCCCAGGUGACUCCAGAAGUGCAGCCAGGUUGUAGGGGACAUUGCAGCAGCUAUGGGAAGUUAUGCCGCAAUGGAGGGAAAUGCAGAGAAAAGCCCAGUGGGUUCUUUUGUGACUGCACUUUCUCUGCAUUCACAGGGCCAUUCUGCUCAAAUGAGAUUUCUGCAUAUUUUGGAUCUGGCUCAUCCGUGAUUUACAAUUUUCACGAAAAUUAUUUUUUAAGUAAAAACUCCAGCUCCCACGCUGCUCCAUUUCAUGGUGAUACGAAGCUGAGCAGAGAAAUGAUCAAAUUUAGCUUCCGAACAACACGAACACCAAGCUUGCUGCUUUUUGUGAGCUCCUUUUACAAAGAGUACCUUUCAGUAAUCAUUGCUAAAAAUGGAAGUUUGCAGAUUAGGUACAAGCUAAACAGAUAUCAAGAACCUGACGUUGUUAACUUUGAUUUUAAAAACAUGGCUGAUGGGCAACUUCACCACAUAAAGAUUAACAGAGAAGAAGGAGUGGUCUUUGUAGAGAUUGAUGAAAAUACAAGGAGACAGGUCUACCUGUCAUCAGGCACAGAAUUCAGUGCAGUUAAAUCUCUGGUGCUGGGAAGGAUUUUAGAUCACAGUGAUGUAGACCAGGAGACGGCACUGGCAGGUUCACAGGGCUUCACCGGUUGCCUCUCUGCAGUGCAGCUGAGCCACGUGGCCCCUCUGAAGGCUGCUCUGCAUCCCAGUCACCCAGCUCCUGUCACUGUUACGGGACACGUUACUGAGUCCAGUUGUGUGGCCCAGGCUGGGACUGAUGCCACAUCAAGGGAAAGGACACACUCAUUUGCAGAUCAUUCUGGAACAAUAGAUGACCGAGAACCCCUAACUAACACGAUCAAAAGUGACUCUGCAGUAAUUGGAGGUCUGAUAGCUGUUGUGAUCUUUAUCUUGCUUUGCAUCACUGCCAUAGCUGUUCGCAUUUAUCAGCAGAAAAGGUUAUACAAAAGAAAUGAGGCAAAAAGGUCAGAGAAUGUAGAUAGUGCCGAGGCUGUUUUGAAAAGUGAGCUUAAUAUACAAAAUGCAGUCAAUGAAAAUCAGAAAGAAUACUUCUUCUGAUUGGCGGUUCUGAUUUAACUUAUAAUUAUGACAGCUUGUUUUAAUAGCCAGGGGCUCUCAAUGGACAAAAAAAAAAAUGUUUUACAGUGAAUGUACAGGCAAUGGAUUUGCAGCACUGCCAUCUUGCCAUGUCCAGGCACGGGGUGGCUCCAGGAAGCCUCAUCUGGCAACAUAUUUCUCAUAGCAAACAUUCUAUGUAACAAGGAAGUAGAUAUUGCUGUUACUUUAAAACUGUUCUGAUAUGAUCUCAAACAAGUUUAGCUUGCUUAAUGACUACAGUUUUUAUGUGUGAAAGCUGUAGCUCUGGUCUCUUAAUCAUGUAAUACAUACAUUUUGUUAGAGGUAAAAAUUGAAUUUGGACUAUAAUGACUUUCCUUUAUUUGAGAACAUUUGCUGUGUUUGCUUUUGUUUUCCCAUGGUGUUAUUCAUAGACCUGGAAAUGCUUCUCAGAUCCUGUUUGGCUGGUGUUUGCAUCUUCAGUGGCCACAAGUAUAUAAAGCCCCUUUGCCUUUCUCUGUAUUACAUUCAAUACAAUACAUUAAUAGUCUCGAAAAAUG